AUGGCUUCAACCGCACCACAAGACUUCGGCACUCCGUUCCUCCUCGAGGAGUACAUGCUUGUCACUCCACUAGUCACUCCAGACUCCCCACCUCUCUGCGCCGUCUGCCACACCCCCACCUCGCCCGUCCGUUGCAGCACCUGCAAGACGAUCCACUACUGCUCUUCCACCUACCAGACGCUCGACUGGCCGUCGCACAAACUGCUCUGCAAACAUUUCUCAUACUCCUCACGUCUAAAUCCGUCAUAUCGCCGCGCCCUCUACCUUCCAGACACGUCCUCUAAACCUCGAUUCAUAUGGCUGCAGUACAGCGACGAUGGGCUUCCUCGAGAAGUGAUGAAGUGCUUCCUAGGCACGCAUGCGGCGACGGUGAAGACAAUCGCGUUCCACAACCGCUACCUACCAUACUGGAUACGGAUCUCGUAUGACAGCAAUCCGAAUGGGCACACACUGACAGAAAACAAAACAAAGGCCUCGAUAUGGCGUGGCCCGUUGGUCGUAGUCACUUACAGUGCAAAGGACGGCUUGAGUAAGCCGGCGCUGGAUAUCGAUACAAGUGUGCUGGGCCCGGUGGUGGGGUACUUGAGGUUCAGGAAUGAGUAUAAGCGACCGGUGUUUGUGAAGCAGCCGCAGGAGUGGUGGGCGGAGGGGAGUGGGAAAAGAUUCUGGGAGCGGAGGCACAGUGAGAUAUUGCGCGGAGGAUGA